AUGAACGUUGUAUUCACAAGCAACCCAUCUUUAACUACUGCAUCUCUGGGCGCCAAUGCCAACGUUAGCGAUCUGGAAUGCCAAGGGGACACGGACCCAAGGGCCAAGAAACGCCUGCAGAAUAGGGUAGCCCAGCGAAGUUACCGUCGUCGCGUCAAGUCCCGGAUUGCCGACCUGCAAAAGAAGGUGGCUCAGUAUGAAGAUGCAAACUCAUCGAAAGAAGGUCCAGAGACUGGGGAACAACCUCGUCUUCAUGAAGACUCUAUACAUCGACGGAUAUCAUAUACGUCACCUGAAACAACCAGUCAGGGAUCGACUCAGGCAUUGCCUGAAGUUCUAAGCUCCCGAUCAAGCCGUGAAAAGAGCCAAGAGAGUUCCACUCACAAAAGCUCGAAUUAUACCCUCUCCCCAGCAAGUUCUCUCGGUCCUGUGAAUGGGAUCUCAGGUCCUUCUGCGAUCAAAGCAGUAAGACCUUAUCAACAAGCUGGACCCGGCCAUGAUACGCCGCGAAGUGGCCGUCCGAUCCUCGCAACUGAGCCUCAUCAAGCGAAUGUAUAUCUCCAUCGAGCGCAUCUUGAUGAUGUUACUGUAAGCCAGAACAACAGUUCUGCCAUAUUGCAGUCUUUUCCUUUAUCAACCUUUGAUACAACCACUUCCCAUCCCCCAUUCAUCGCUGGCGACCUUGAAGGAGACCUAGAUCUUGGAUGGAUGAUAGCAAACGCAGAGCUGGAGGGACAAAAGUCAUGCUCCUGCGAUAAAUCACCAGACAAAAGCCCGAGACCCUCAUUAACUAACUCCAAUUCACUAAAAGCCCAAUCAUCCACCGCAAGACAACCAAGCUAUGCCUCAUCUUCAAGAUCACCAGCAACCGUGCCCAAAGAAUCACUAAACGCAAGAUUCCAGAACAUCAUGGAAUGCGUCGGCGCGAUGGGUUUCGAAAGCUUUGACGAUCUAGUCACAUCAUACUAUGCGGAUGAGUUUGAGGAAGCGUCCAAGCUCUUUCAUGAACAGCGAUUCAGUAGGAUCAGAAGACUUCCUGGAGUGUUCGCGGAGAUUCUGGAAGGUGCAAGAAGAUGGGAAGCCUCGGAGCGCCGUGGCCUCGGUGAAGAGGUUCUCAAAGAGGCCGAAGCCGUUCUUAUGCUUGAGAACAGUGAAGCUUGGCAAUCACUACAGUCAAUCAGUAAUGCAGCCAUGCGCAAGGACAAUAUAUCUACAGAGCAGAUCUAUCAGAAUCUCAGUACAGUCCUACCGGUAGAGCAUCCGACUGUCCAGCAUGGCAGCGAGAUUGCUCUGGCACAGCUCUGGCAAUUACUUCACUAUUGCAUUUCACAGGUCGGAUACCAAAAGCCAAAAUACUAG